AUGGUGCGCUUCAAGACGCGAUGGCUGCUUAUCGCCAUCGAUGACACACCACUCGCCGCCUCCUCGCCCUUUCCCACCAUCCCAACGGACGACUCGGCGCACGCUUCCACAUCCGCUUCCGUCCUCUCCGCGGCACGACAAGUCUCUUCGUCCAGCAACGUCGCAAAGACAAUCACGCCGCAACACAUUACUCGUCUUCUGCGCGCCUCGCUAGUGUACAACUUUGGCGAUGUGGCCGCUGGCGCUUUUGGCGGUGUCUUGACGUGCAAGUACUACAGCUCUCAUACGGGCACUGCGAUCGUAAGGUGCUCACGAGAUGCCGCUCGACUGGUGUGGGCCAGCGCAACGAUGAUCUCGAGUCCGAUAGAGAUGGCUGCAGACGGAGAGGCGAGCUCGGCAGGCAGAACGGCAUCGUUGAGGAUCAGGGUCAUCCACUGCGGAGGUACGAUCAAGAAGGUGCAGAACAAGGCGAUCGAGUUGGACAGGAAGAUGAUCAUGCGUCUCCGGUCCAAGCAGAGGAAACUCGCGGCGGGCUCAAAAGCACGACCAUCGGCAGGAGAUGUCAAGACUGCUGCUUCCACUGCAGAAGUCGUUGCACCAGUCACUGCUGUGCCCCCGGUCAAUGCGCUUGACGAGGACGAGGAUCUGGGCGAAGCACUCGACCCAGGCGCUUCGGGCCCGGGAGAUCCUGCGCCAACAAUAGCAGCGCCGUCGCCUUCCGAUCCAAAAGUCAAGGUCAAGGGGAACGAAAGCACCAUCGACCCCGAGACCCAAGCUCUUCUAGCUCAGUCACGCAAACAGAUCAACUCGAUCACCGUGUAA